UACACCAAACCCAGACCCAAAAUGUAGUGACAGCAGUGAAACAGAUAGCAGAGUGGGUACAGAGAAAGAGACCCACAUAGCCAACACCACCAUUCACAUUUUUUCCUCUCCUUUUUUAGCUUUUAUAUCACUUUUAUUUCAAUUUAUGUUUCAUAUCUCCAAAACCGUCAAGUACGCUUCAGUACUCUGUUUCUUUCUUGCGAAGUCAUUGACGGGUGUUUUCUGUUUUUAAGUGUAGAGUCAUGGCUCAAGAGCUAUUGGAAAUUCAACCAUUCGAACUCAAGUUUACAUUUGAGGUGAAUAAACAAAGUUCAUGCUCAAUUCAACUUGGCAACAGAUCUGAUCAGUACGUUGCUUUUAAGGUAAAGACUACCUCUCCAAAGAAAUAUUGUGUGAGACCUAAUGUAGGCAUCAUCAAGCCAAGAGCAACGUACGAUUUUGUAGUUACUAUGCAAGCUCAGCAUGUAGCUCCACCAGAUUUGCAGUGCAAAGACAAGUUCCUUAUUCAAAGCACGGUGGUCACGUUUGGGACAACUGAUGAGGACAUUACAUCUGAUAUGUUUGCAAAAGAUAGUGGCAAAUACGUUGAUGAGAAGAAGCUGAGGGUGGUUCUCAUUGGCCCAUCCCUAUCCCCAAUUUUGCUAGCAAGAAAUGGAGAAUUAAAGCAAGAUCAAUUACAGGAAACAUCCACGCUGAAGGAUAUAGCACCAACUGGAGUCGAGAACAUACCUCCAGGCAAUAACAUAAGUAAAGUAGCUGUUGAUGUAGAGGGCCCUGAAACUGCUAAGGUCACAGAUGAGUUAAAACCAACCAAGGAUGUGCAGGAAUCAGAAAUGGGAAAGGAUACUGAUGCAUUGGGAGCAGCUAAGGAUGUGCCCUCAAGGCCUGCAGAGGAUGUAGAGGAAUUGAAACCAGAAAAAGACAUAUUGGAACUGAAGUUGGUCAAGGAUUUUGAGGAGUUGAAGUCAAAGCUAAAUCUAGCAGAUUUACGGUUAAGAGAGGCCGAACAUGCCAUUAAAAAGCUGACAGAAGCGAAAAGCGGUGCUGAGCGAGAGAAGGAUAUACUUAAGCAUGAGUUAGAGGUGUUUCAGGGAAGGAAAGAUACAGUGAGAACGGUUCAAGUCGGUUUCCCCUCGCUCUAUGUUUGCAUGGUUGCUCUUAUCAGUUUGGUUGUGGGAUAUCUUAGCCAUCCAUAGAUCAGAACUCUUUCUAGAACGAGCCAUUUUGCCGAUCUUUGUAUCAGUCAGGAGAGGAUCUCUUUGUUUUGUUCUAACCCCAGAAAUGUGGCUUCAUUGUAUGUGAUAUGUGAUGUAUAAAUUUGCUGAAGUUUGCAUGUAAAAAGAAUCGAUCUCUCAAUUGAAAAAACAAAAAAUAAAGAAACUAGUAAGUUGUGGCUUCCGAUGGAACUCUAUUACUAUCCCGAGUAUAAGUUAUAUGAUUUAAAUCUCACAUCGAAAAGUAAGGGUUCUUGAA